CUACCUGUCUGUCACGUGCCUGCUCUCUGUCGGGCACUCUCCGGCACUGGGAAGGGUGCAGCUCUACGGAAUUCACAGGGAAAAUGCGGUGUCAUCCCGGUAGGUUCGCGGAAGAGAAUGUGAAUCGUCUACAAUGGACUACCAACAUGUUCUGGUCUAUUUCAUGUGGACUUUCACUGCAGUUGUUGCACAGGAUGUGAAAUAUUUCCUGAAGGGUCAGGACAUACACUUCAUGCCAUCCAUCUCUGAACGACCUCUUGUAAUUUUCUGGCAACAUAAUGAAAAAGAUGUGGUAUAUUCUACUGGCACGGAGAAGUAUGUGGCUUCUUCACACAAGAACAGAAUCACUCUGGACCGGGUCUCUGCAGAACUCACCAUCAAAAACGCCACAUAUGAAGACAGUGGAGACUAUCUCCUAGAAAUGAACAUAAACAGCGAGCUGCAUAGUUUCCAGCGUAGAAUUGAAGUUAUAGACAAAGUAUCCAAACCCAACAUAUCCUGUGAGAUGAGCGACACAAAGCAGGCGACACUUGUGUGCUCAACAGAGUCCAAACAUCCUCAUUUAUUAAAGUUGAAGUGGAGCUCAACAGGAAAGGAGCAGACUGGACCAAAUUUAACAAUAACUGUCAGGAAUGAAGAUGAUGAUCAAGUUUAUCGUUGUGAUGUCAGCAACCCUCUGACCAAUGAAACGGCUUCAUUCACCGCUAAGGACUGCUUCCUGGUUUCUGCACAGGAUGUGAAAUAUUUCCUGAAGGGUCAGGACAUACACUUCAUGCCAUCCAUCUCUGAACAACCUAUUAGAUUUAUCUGGCUACAUAAUGAAAAUGAUGUGGUAUGGUUUACUGGCACGGAGAAGUAUGUGGCUUCUUCAUACAAGAACAGAAUCACUCUGGACCGGGUCUCUGCAGAACUCACCAUCAAAAACGCCACAUAUGAAGACAGUGGAGACUAUCUCCUAGAAAUGAACAUAAACAACGAGCCUCGUACUUUGCUGUAUAGAAUUGAAGUUAUAGACAAAGUAUCCAAACCCAACAUAUCCUGUGAGAUGAGCGACACAAAGCAGGCGACACUUGUGUGCUCAACAGAGUCCAAACAUCCUCAUUUAUUAAAGUUGAAGUGGAGCUCACCAGGAAAGGAGCAGACUGGACCAAAUUUAACAAUAACUGUCAGGAAUGAAGAUGAUGAUCAAGUUUAUCGUUGUGAUGUCAGCAACCCUCUGACCAAUGAAACGGCUUCAUUCACCGCUAAGGACUGCUUCCUGGGUAAAAGAUCAGAUGUUCAUCUGAUUAUCAUAUUAGUCUGUAUCUUCAUUCUGGUCAUCUUGUGUUGUGUUUUAUACAUAACACCUCAAUAUCUAAAAGUGUCCAAAGAGCGUGAUGAAAAGACAUCCUUCUUAGUCCAAGUACUCACUCUUCCCUCCAACUCAGGACUGAACGUGUUGACUGAGGAUGAGAAGAUGGAUUCAGAAGGAGCCAUGCUACUCACUGCUUCUGUUCCUGCACUUCAUUCCUCUUCAACACACUUAAACACUAUCACUGAACUUUCAGAUACCAGCAAUGAUCAGCAAGAUUAACUUCUGAAAAAUUCGGAGGAAAUGCAUGACUGCAGUGGAGUGACAGUCAGUCGUUGCAACACUUGGCCAGGAACCAGUUCUACAUAUUCAAAAAUAAGGAAUACUUCAGGGAGAAAACAAAGACAUUUACUUAAACAUAAAGAACUAACAUUUUGAAAAAUGAGUGAAGGAAGCCAUCUAUGUUAAAAGGCUAUUUUGAAACAAAAAUGGAGGUUGUAGCAACAUCCAUUCAUGCAUUUUCUACCGCUUAUUCCCUUUGGGGUCGCUGGUGCCUAUCUGACAAAUUCUCCAACAACUGGAUAAUUUUUUUUUUCCCCAAGAUGUUGCCGCUGUAGUGGCUGCUGGUGGCAGGAGCUCUGUGCUCUUGUGUCAUCCUUCUGUGUUCCUGGUGUUUCCUUCUUGUUUUCAUGUGGGAUUUGUUUUUUUCCUUUUGGUUCGGGACCCUUUGGGACUGUCUGACAAGGGGUGACACUUUCGAGACUUCUGUGGGGCUUUUUUGUGGACUUCUGGAUCUGCCUCCCGGGAGCCUUUUGGACAUGGAGACCAGCUGCUGGGUCUCUGCCACACCAGAGUCCGUUUGGAGAGACUGGAGGAGACGCGGAUGAAGAGACAGAGCUGCGGAGCUGGUGCUGAGCGCCGGGACGGACGGGCUUCACAGUGUCUUGGCUGAAUGAGCAGGUAUCGGACACCUCGGUCUCCUUGGACGCAUCCUCACUCAUCCAUGCAGACUGGACACUGGCCGAGAGUUAGUGAGCGGCCGAGUGGCUCUCUUGGUUGCUUUGUUGGGUCUGCUCCUGUCUCUGGCCAUGUUCCCCCGACCCCAGCAGAUGAUGGCGUGGAAUACCGCAGAGGCCACCACAGUGUAUACAUUUUUUUUUAUUUUAUAUAUAUUUUUUUGUAGCUGUAUAUAGAAAUGGCUGGUUGCAUCAGCUAUGCUCUUUUAAUGUCCUUUGUGUUCUUUGAUGUUUCCCUCUUACACACAUGCUUAUGUGUGCUUUAACUAUGAGUUUUUUCCGUUGGCCUUAGUCUGGACCUCCUCUCCAGGGGCCCAGGCUUAGACUGAAUAGUCUACCUGGACGUUGGAGUCUGCAAUAAAGCUUGAUUGAAAACGUUUUCAAAUAAAUAGAUAUGAAACUGUACAUAUAUGAUGUAAAUAUUGUGUAUAUAAUUUAUAUCACUAUAGUCUAUUUUUACCUGCAUUGUCCUUUCCAUUCUUACACUUUCCAUCAUUGUAACUGAGCUACUGUGUGGAACAAUUUCCCUUGUGGAUCAUUAAAGUUUGUCUAAGUCUAUGAUCAAAAAAGUA